AUGACUCUUGCUGGAGCAGAUGGCCUUAUGUGGCAAUGCACGCUUGGGGAUCCCAAGGUCCGCAUCCGAGGCCCACAAGAUUUGAAGGGUGUCUGCGUCGAGGCUGUAUCAGAUGCCCAAGUCGAUGAGACACUCUUAACGGAGAUGCCCCUGCUGGCUACGCCUCCCUCUUCACCCGCGCAGCGGAAGCGCGUGGAUGCGUUUUGCAAGACGCUGCCUCAAGACACCCGAGAGGAUCGUCUUGCAGUGCUGCUGACACGGCGGUGGCUUCCGGUGCUCUGCGCCUUUGCGGAUGCCCCAAAGGGCAUCCAAGAAGCCGUCUUGAGUUUGCAGUCGGAUUUCGAGAGUCCGGAAUGUGGAAUGUCCCAGGUGACUGAUCGCGUGGCCACUGCUCUAAGCCUCGCCGGAGUGUGUUCAGGGACGAUGCCCAAAUCCAUCUCCCGCUCAAAGCUGUCAAGGGAGCGGAUGCAUGAACUGCUGAACGUCAUGGUUAUCAAUGCUGCAGACACGCUUCCAGAUGGUGGUGAGGCCGUCUUCUGCAUCGGUGCCCUUUUCGAGCACUCCUGCGAACCCAACGCGCAGUUCUGCCUCAGCUCUGGGAAUGCCGCCCUGGCCGCGCGGCUGGGGCUCAAGACCUCGGCAAAGCAAAUCUGGAUUGGGGAGUGGCGCGCGACACGGCCGGUGCGUGCUGGUGAGGCCGUGACGGUUAGCUACCUGGAGACGGAGAUGCUUAAGUUAGUCUGCAUCUCGCAAGGCAUUCCAGCAGCACGUUCUGCGCCAAUGCGCGCUGCCGGCCCACCCCGAAAAAUGGAUAAUGUGCGAAUGGAGCUGAAGAUACCACCUCGGAGGGCAGAUAGGCGCAAGUCCCUCCAGGAUGAGUUGAUGCAAGCCUCCGAGACCGAGGAAGAGGCUGCGGAGAGCCUGGAGCAUGCCAACACCGAGGCGAAGGAAGAGGACGACGAUUCUGGCGAAGACGAGAUAUGGUAUGGAAACGACGAGGGGCCACUGCCGGGUGGCUUUGGCGAGGAUGACGAGAGUGAGGAGAGCUCCUUCAUGGACGACGACGAGAUUGAGGGAGCCGAGAUGCGUGGCGACCGAGAGAACCAAGACGCGAUUCUGGACUGGUGGUGUCAGCGCCAGCUUCUUCGUGUGCUCAGACGCCUGGUGCGCCUUCCCAAGGCCGGGCCGUUCAAGGAGCCUCUCCCCUGGCAGGAGCUGGGACUUGACGACUACCCGGAGGUUAUCACGGAUCCCAUCGAUCUUCGGACCAUUGCAGAGCGCCUCGAGACCGGCGGCUACCAGGAUGAGGAAGGCUUUGUCAACCCCGACUUCUUCUGGCAGGAUGUCGCUGCUUGCUGGGAAAACUGCAAAAUCUACUACGAGGAGGAUCCCGAGAUUGAGGCCGUUCGCAUGGCCGAGGAGAUGCGCGUGGAGUCUGAGAAGAUGGAGGAGGAGUUCUGGCGUGAUCUCGAGAAGUUCGAAGCAUCAUUGGACCGGGUGAAGGGGGCAGCCUUAAGCAAAGUGGCCGCGGUCGCUGACGUGGCAAAGGGCGCCGUCGAGGAUGCCGCCAGCCUUGCCGUCCAAGAGUCGAAGAAGCUGGCCAAGCGUGCACAGGAUUGGUGGAACAAACUUCGUGGAAAGAAGGGCGAAGAGCUCCAAGAGCAGCGCGACAUUCAAGUGCUGGAGCUUGCCAAAAACGAGAAGCCCCGGCUCCGCGACCACUUCCUCGAGAUGCUGAAGCUGCGCUUCCGGAUGGAUGGUUGGGAGGACAUCAUGGGGAUUGAAGAGGAGGUCAUCGUGGGAAUGCGUCAGCAUUGGCCCUUGCUGGAGGAGGAGUCGGAUCUUCUGGACUACCCGUCGCCCCAGCCAGCCUCCCGCUACAACCGGGACCACAUCGCCGUGGAGAGGCUCUUGCCCACCAAGUACGUCGCUUGCAUCCCUGGUGGCGCCCCGAGCCGCCCCAAACGUGGUGAGUCUCUGGCCAGCUCCAGGAGCAGCAUGCGCUCCUCCCGGGUCACAGGAACGCUUCCCGGAUCACGUCGCAAUUCCUUGGAGAGCUCCCGCGCGGGCUCCCGCGGAGGAUCGCGGGCCCAGUCGCCGGCAAGGUCUGAAACUUCGGCAAGCAGGCACACACCGAGAUCUCACAGGUCCGAUGGGUCGCUGUCGGCCUUCUCCCACGGCUCGGAGAGCUCAAAGCUGAUGUCUCGGGCGGUGCGGGCCUCUGUACUCGAGGCCGGCAUGACAGAGGUGCCGGGGGUCGACACAUCCUCGGAGUCGGACCAGGCCGCAAGUGGGGUCCCCUCUGUACAGCGACUGUCGACCAUGAUGCCUCCAAGAGGUCAGAGGCCCUCAGUCGUGUCUGAGGCGGCCUAA